CGGCUUGAUCUCGCGCAUGCGAUGAUUGUCAAGGCGACCGACGGGCAGCAAACUCUUCCAUGCCCCUCUCUAUUGGGACAAAAUCCAUUCCAUUCUAGAUAUCGGGACAGGCACCGGACUUUGUAUGAAGAAAUCCAUUCCAAAACAUGGCUUGAUGUGAAGAGAGUGGAAAUGGUUGACCAAACAUUUUUACAGGGGCUGUUGAAAUGGGCGACAUCUUUGAACGCGCCGAGGUUUACGGGAAUGACUUGAGCGCCAUUCAGCCCCAAUGGGCACCUCCUAAUGUCAGGUUUGAGAUCGACGACGUUGAGAGUCCCUGGGUUGAGACCAAAAAGUACGACUUCAUCAUGUGCCGCUACAUGACAGCCUCAAUUACGGACUGGCCCAAGCUGGUCCGCAACAUUUACGACCACCUAAACCCGGGCGGCUGGGUCGAGUUCCUAGACAUGAACCCGGAAUUCUACUCCGAGGAUGGCAGCUACACCCAAGACCACGCCACGUACAAGUGGAACCAGGCCUUUUUGGCCGCCAUCCGGGCCGUUGGGCGUGACCCGACCCCUGGCCCGGGACACGAGGCCCGCGUCCGGGAGGCGGGCUUCACCAACGUCACGGCAGAGAAGUACAAGGCGCCGCUGACGCCCUGGGCCAAGGACCAGCACUACAAGGACCUGGGUAUGAUGAACCUGGUCCUGACGAUUGAUGGCUUGGAGGGGUUUUCGAUGAAGAUGUUUACUGAAGUCCUUGGUCGGACGAGGAAGGAGGUCGAAGUGGAGAUCAUGGGCGUGAGGAACGAGUUGAAGGCCAAUCCGCCAAUUUUCCGUGCGUUGGUUGAACUCGAUGUUGUGUACGGACAGAAACCGCUUGCUGAGCCUGAAGAUCACACCGAGGCAUGAUUCUUCUCAACGAUGAGACGAGCCUUUCUUGUCAAGUCGUGUUGGCUGCAGCAGUCUCGCUCAUCAUUUACACUUUGGCAUACAAAUUCUUCUCUACUAGGAGCCUACGCAAGAGUCGGGCGUUUACCUACCCUUGUAGAACUUGAGGUUAUGCGUAAUGGAGGAUUUAAGACUCUCUCAAGCAUGAGAAACGCAUAGCCAGGAGUAAGAUUCCAUUUUAAGAGGCUUUUCUAUAUUCAUUCUAUCGGUUGUUACACUUAAUCACACUACUAGUACGCCCCAGCAUCGCUCUGUUUGGAAAAAUAAAAUGACCUCAGCCACAA